AUGUCCCAGCAGGCAGCGGCUUAUAUCGAGUCUCACACACGCUUGUCCACCUGGUGCGAUGAACUGGAGUUCUUAGGGUUUCUUCUCGCAGAGCUCGCCAACCCGGGAGCUCUUGAAGCAGCGGGGUUUCAAUGGCACCAGGCUGCAGAUCUUCCUGUGACGGUAGAUAUUCUCGAAGAAUCCUGUGUCCAGCCAGCUGGGAUGCUCUAUAGGGCCUUGGGUCAGAAGCCUGCUAAACGGUUCCGGAAAUGGCUUGUGAAAUCAAAGGAAAUCCGAAAUCACAUGGCUCACCACCACGCACCGACUACCGCAAAGUUGGCCUCUCUGAAAGAGGUCAGAGACCAGCUCAGUGAACAGUUUGAAUGUGUGAUCAAAACGGUGGCUGCGUUCUGCGGCGUCCGUGAGAUCAGGUGGUGUCCGUAUCCAUCUGCCUUGAAGGUGUCGAGAGGAGCAGACACCUACAGAAUGGAGAUCAUUUCUCUCGCUGGUGGCACCGACCGCCUACUCUCACAGCGUAAACGAAUAUUAGAGGCUCCGAACCAGCAGCCAGAGAGGGUGCGACCUCAAGGGAGCGGUAAAGCUAAGGAUAAAAGCCAACAGAAACCAUUCCAGGCGUUUCUAAAAGCUCAGCGGCGCAAAGCGGAGAACGAAAGGCAAGUUAGGGCGAGGAAAGAACAGAUCAGUGCUCGAAAACUGCGCGCGGUAGAUCAAAACUUCUACCAGAUGCGGCAGCUGAGAUUGAUGCAGCUUGAUCGACUUCGCAGUCGGAUGGAGCACGAAGAGAGAGAGUGGAGGGUUCAUCGCUCAAUACUCCUCCAAGACACAGUCCGCUCAUCCCCGGCGGAUGUGGACGCUGUGUUUGCCAUUCUGGCGCUGAGUUCCCCUUUUUGGCUCUUAGGGAUGUUGAUACACGCAAUGUAUGAGAAAUACAAGAUCCUUUACGGGCAUGACUGA